UUGUCCAAAGUCUCGGAGUUUCGCUGGAGUGUCACCAUGGGGCUUUUGGACAAGCUUUGGGAUGACACCCUCGCCGGUCCGCUGCCGGAUAACGGCCUUGGGAAGCUUCGGAAACCUUCUGCCUUCAGCUUCCGGUCUAACUCCGGCAAGGACUCGGAUGUGGGAAGAGGGAGAUCUUAUGGUGAUGAUUCAACUGAUGAGGCAAUUAGGGUUACGCGCAGCAUCAUGAUUAUAAAACCUCCUGGAAACCUAACAGUCGACAACGGAUCGCCGCCGGUUUCACCAGCUGGAUCUACUCCUCCGGUGUCUCCAUUUUCCGGUAGCAGAGGCUCAAAUCGGUUUCGACGAAGGUCUAUGUCGGAUGCGUACGAAAGAAGGAAAGAAAGCGGAACCAGGAUCCUUGCUGGUCCUUAUGAUGCGUGAGACGCGAUGUGCUAAUGUAGACGACAAAGUACGUAGUAUGGGACGACGACUGAACAAUCAAAGAACCAUGACGGAAUAGCCGUUAAUUGUUUUGUAAUCGUGCUUGUGUAUGUCUGGGCAAUCCCGUCGGUCCUGUAUAUAGUAGUAAUUGCAUCGUGUCUUGUCAUGUCGGUCAGUGUAUGCUUUUUGUUUGUUUCUCUGGUGCUGUACACAGGAACUAGAAAUUUAGAAGAAGAAGAAGAAGAAGGGGAAGUACCGGGAGAUAGCUAGAGGUUGUUUGUUUGUAGGUUUUUAUUAAGGUUCAAUGAACAAGAUGGCAGUUUUCUGGUUUUAGUA